AUGACACUCAGCGGCCACGUAAAACAGCUUGAAGCCGUACGUGGCUACGUGUAUCCGACGGACGGUGCACUGGUGCCCGUGAGUGUCAAGAAGACGCCGAUGGGACACCAUUUACUGCACGGCUACCGCCACCGCAGCACUAAGGUCUGGCACUUUCUCGGCCAUACGUUAGCGGCCAUCAAGACGGUCAAACAGCGUAAGAAGUUCCUCGAUAUCGUGGCAAAGGGCGACCUGGCCGAGGUCAUGGACGCACUCAAUGCGGGUGCCGAUCUUACAGCUAAGAACUCGUUGGGACAAUCACCCGCCUACGUGGCCGCUGCGAACGGCUUGCACCACGUGCUGACACUGCUGCUGGAGCGUGGGGCAAACGCCAAUGAGAUUGCGCUGGACGGUACUACACCCCUGCACGUCGCUUGCGAGAAAAAUCACGAUCGUGCGGCCAAGAUCCUUGUAAAGUAUAACGCACGCCUGGAUAUGACGGCGCUCAGCGGGUGUACGCCGCUGCAUCUCGCGGCCAAGAAAGGUUACUCGGAAAUUGUGGCCAUUUUAUUGUCGGCGCGAGCCAAGACGGACUUUCCGAUUCGGGAAACGACUACGACAGCGUUGCUGCUGGCCUGCAUGGCUGGACACUCGACUGUAAUCGAGCAACUGCUAGACGCUGGUGCUGACCCACAGGUAGAAGAUGCAGAUGGCAAUACGCCCUUGCACUUUGUAAGUCGCAUUGGAAAUUAUCGUGCUACCUACCUUUUGUUGACCGCCGGAGCUGAUCCAGACAUGCCGAACGAGAAAGAUGAGACGGCGUUUGAUAUGGCCGAGCAGCAAGGUCACUCACACGUGCAUUACCUGCUGAAGACGAACGGCAUGGGUGUGGAUGGCCAAACAGUGGAUGAGAUUGAUAUGGCUUGCUCGCAAGACGCUCGUCUUAGUGAGGCAUUGGCCCGUAACCGACCGGAAAUUGCGGAGGUGAUCUUGAAGCUUCACAUGAAGUACGCUUGCUAUUCUGCGUUGGGUGCACUUCCCGAAGAUGAGCGUGUGACGGAGUUUUUGGAGAAUACCAACCAGCUGUUGUUUUGA